AUGUCAUCACCAUCAUCAUCUUCUCAUAACGAUCACAAUGACAAUUCCCAACCACUCGAAAAACGGGCCGUCGUCUCGUCCUUCAUCUUCAGAUUCCAGGAUGGGAAACCCCUGGUCGCGCUGUUUAAACGCAGCGACAAAGUGAGGACAUAUCGGGAUCAUCUUGCCCCUAUAUCCGGCAGCAUAACAUCAGAGGACCAUGACCCGCUCGCAACCGCCUGGCGCGAACUCACUGAAGAAACUGAGCUUAAUCAAUCAAACCUCACCCACUGGCGCACAGGCAAGCCUUUCACAUUCAGCGAUCAAUCCGCGGGACGCGAGUGGACAGUACAUCCAUUUGCCUUCCUGCUCAAGGGGAAACAAGCCGAAGAGUCGACAGACGACGCAGAACCGUCGUUUAAAAUCGACUGGGAACAUACCAGCUGGGAAUGGCACUCCCCGUCCUCCAUCCUCAAUGAAGAGCUUUCGCCUACCGUGCCACGACUCAAAGACAGUUUCCGCCGGAUAUGGUUCGAAGGCGAACUGCGCAGCGCCCGCGCCGCAAAGACGCUAGCGACGGGGCUGGAGCGCCUGCGCAACGACCACGAAAGCGGCUCGCAGGAGCUGACCACCAUCGCGCUGAUGAUCCUGCGCGACUUCAUCGUGCAGACGCAGGAUGGAAUGGACGCGCAGUGGUGGGAGACGGUGCGGAUGGCGGCGUGGCACAUCAUCAAAAACGGGCGGGAAAGCAUGGGGGCGGCGACGAUGAACGCGCUCGUAUCCGUGCUCGCCGAAGUCGAGGACGUGCUGAAGGACGAGAACCAUAAAACCGCCGAGCAGAAGUGGGAGCGCAUUCUCUCGGUGCUGGACUUCCACCUGGCCAGCCGAAAGAGUCGCGCGACGCAGGUCAAAGACGCCUUCACGCACUACAUCCGGUAUCAUUUCCUGCACCACGGCGAGCCGCGCGACAAGCUCACGAUCCUGACUGUGUCGGCGAGCUCGACGAUCCGCGAUAGCAUUCUCGACGCGUACGAGUCCCUCGAUAUCCAUCUGCUGGAGCUGCGCGUUCUGGAAUCCCGGCCGCUCUUCGAGGGCGCGAGCAUCGCUUCCUCGUUGGUUUGCAACUUCAAAUCGCGGUUCAAGGACACGCCGAACAAGAACCUCCACGUCAAGGUGUACACGGACGCGUCGGCCGCGCUCGCCGCCGCAGACGUCGAUAUUCUCCUCCUCGGGGCGGACCGCAUCUCCGCCACGAAGGGCGUCAGCAACAAGACGGGGUCUCUCCCUGCGGUCCUAUGCACCAAGCACGUCAGCCCCGAGGCGCAGAUCGUCGUCCUCAGCGACCUGGAGAAGAUCAAUGGGUCGCCCAGCGUGAUCGACGACGACAAGCACGAGGACAACGACCCGGUAGAGAUCAUGAGUACCUGGCGCAGCGACGGCGUCAAGGGGGUCGGCGUGCUGGAGGAGGGCAUGCAGGCAGCUGCAGCCACGACCAGCGAGGAGGGCCACUCGGCCACCGUCAGCGUGGAAAACAUCUACUUCGAAUGGGUGCCCCUGUACAUGGUCGACGCCUUCGUCAGCGAAGAAGGGGUGAUGGACGAGGGCCGCAUCCGCGAGAAGUCUGAACAGCUGGGCAAAACGGUGGACCUGUUCUUCCUGGAUCUGUGACGCCCUGUCCAACAUACGCAGCGCCGCGCCUUUCACUGCUUUCUGUUUUCUGUACUACUCAAGCCAGCCACCCGGCUAUCCGGCUAUUCCUUCUAGACCAUCCAUGAUAAAUAGCACCUGCUUGCAGUGUAAUAUGAACCCUUUUACUCACAAGUAAC